AUGACACCAAACUCCGAAUCAAGUCCUGUUCUUAAAGUCUUCACAUCCCCAAGACUACUGCAUAUACCAAGAGAUAGCAUUGUUCAAUGUGCUAGAAGACUAUUCUGGGAAUUGAAUUUUGUUGACAUUAUCACAGGUUCUGCGGAUGGUAAGACUGUAUCUUCAUUCGACGGUAUCGAGUCGUAUGUUGAUUAUCCCACUGUUCCUCUGCGAGAAGAAUUUGACUACAGAGGUCGUUCAGAAGCUGGUCAAUUGGUGACGACUGCGGUUAAAAUGAAUAUUGAAAUUCACCACAAGAGACCAUAUGAUGCAAUUCUUACAAGACUAAAAGCUUCAUUAUCAAGUUGGGAAAUGAGACUUGAAGACCCUUCUCUUUUUGAUGCACCACCUCUAAUUGAUAAAAGUGGAAGAGUCAAUGAAGGUGUUCACCAAGCCAUAUUGUUAUUCAACUAUGCAAAAGUUUUUGCCCAUAGACCGUUCUCAUAUCUUUGGAAAAUUAAUUCUCCCCAACAUCCAAAAUGUAACGGUGAUGCAGUGGAUGCUACUGAUUUAACUACCCAAAUUCAAGCCAAUUCUAGAACUACUAUUGAAACUAGGAAAACUAUUGAAGGGGCCAAUUCUAUAAUUCAAGUGCUAAUAGAUACAGGAGCAUCUAAAGUUCUUGAACGAACCCAUUUUUUUGCUUGUGCUUUGGCUCUUUCGUCAUUGGUACAUUUAAGUGCAUAUAUUUGGAUCGAGACUACCUUGGCUAUGGAUAAGAGUCAGUCAUUUGGCUUGAAUUCUGAAGAUUUGGACCUUUAUACUGAAUAUAUUAAAUUGGCAUUAAGUGCACUUUAUCCGAUAUCAAAACACUGGCAAUUGUCAGGGAAAUUGGCAAAGCAUAUAAGAGAUUCGUUAACCACGUUACGACCAAAGCUUUAUUCAAAGUUGAAGGAUUUUUUACCGCAGUUGGAGAUCGGCGUUGAAAAAAUGAAUAUUUCAGGUAGUGAAUCUAACGGACCAAAUUCUACAAGAAGUCUGACUAUGCCUGUUGAUUUAUCUACAACUCCGACAACUGCAACAACGAACUUUGGUGGACGUAUUGGUGUUUCAAACCAAAUGGAAAACCAGGUACCGUUACCACAACCUCAAGGUGGUGGUGCUGCCUUAGAUAUUAAUGAUGGAGGAGUACCAAAUGACAACCCGCUUUUCAAUGAACAAUAUGAUUUUGGAAAUCUUACUUGGGAGCCAGCGUCUCCUGUUUCACCCUCUGGUUGUGAUUGGAUUGACAAAGGUUUGGUGGAUUUUAAUUUUGAUGCAUUUGUAUAG